CCCCAAUCCUGCUGCCUCAACACAUUCUGCAGAAUAAUUGCGCCAUAGAUAAGCUACGGAUCAAACAAACCGGUUGCCCUCCUUGCUCGUUUACUGCUUUGUACAAACAUCUGCAGCCAUAUCGAUCGUUCCGAACACCGCCAAGAUGGGCGGCAAGGUCGAUGCUUAUUUGGACAUCGCAUCUCUGUACAGCUACAUCGCAUUUUACCACAUAAUCAAGAACCAAGAGCUCCUCGCGGCGCAUGGAGUGCAUGUAGACAUCCAUCCAAUCCUGCUUGGCGCCGUCAACGCCGCUACAGGAAACAAACCACCGUGGUCCCUCCCGGCUAAGGCCAAGUACGGCAGCUUUGACGCCCGCCGGUCCUCCGUGCGGGUGGGCAAGCCCGAUAUCACCCCGCCCGACAACUUCAUGGAGAGCACCAUGACGGUCCUUCCCCUCCGCGCGCUACAUUUCAUCAAAGCCAACUAUCCGGACGCUACGUACCUGACGGCCUGGCACUGGCUUCUCCACCGUUUCUGGGAGCCACCCAACGUCAACCUCACCAAGCCCGACGCCCUGGCCACGGCGCUGGCCGAAGCCCCGCGGCAGUACCCUGGCGACACCAAGGACCGGCUGUUCAGCGACGCGGAUGUCGGGAGGAUCCUGGAGGGGGCCGCGGCGCAGGAGACCAAGGACUCGGUCAGGGCGAAGACGCAGGAGGCGAUCGAGCGGGGCGCGUUCGGCGCGCCCUGGUUCUGGGUUGUGAACGACGAGGGCAAGGGAGAACCGUUCUUUGGGAGCGACAGGUUUCACUUCAUGUAUGAUUUUUUGGGCGUCCCGUACCAGGAUGUCGCCAUCCUCCCGCCGCAAAGCAAAGGCGCGAAGCUGUAGGUAACCCAACACGAGUGGUUUUAAUUGUAAAUAGAAUUUGGGGGCGGGGGGUAUCUCUGAUAACUAAAACAAGAUA